AAAACCACACACAAUAGCUGAGCAACUUAUUCUCCCCGCUGCUGUUGACAUGGUGUCAGUUAUGCUGGAUGAGAUAAGCGCUGCAAAGUUGAAAACAAUCCCCCUGUCAAACGACACAAUUGCGAGGCGUAUUUGCGACAUUUCCAAUGAUCUUGAAGCACAACUCAUUGACAAACUGAAAGAAAAUCGUUUUGCAAUACAAGUGGACGAAGCCACAGACAGCAGUAAAAACUGUUUGUUCAUUUCGUAUGUCCGCUUUGUAAAUUCGGAGUCACUGACAAUGAGCGAGGAUUUGCUCUUUUGCAAAUCCGUGCAAACAAGAGCCACGGCUGAGGAGCUUUUCAAGAUUAUGGACAGCUACUUCACAGAACAUGAGCUGAAAUGGGAAAACUGUGUGGGCUUUUGCUCUGAUGGUGCACAAACUAUGGCAGGGAAAAGGAAAGGACUCCAGGCAUUAGUCAAAAGGGCUGCACCAGACGCGCAGUGGACGCACUGCAUCAUCCAUAGGGAAGCGCUGGCUUCCAGGCAGCUCAGCCCCGAACUAAACGAGGUUUUGACAGCAGUUGUGGAUGUGGUCAAUUUCAUCAAAACGCGACCUCUGAAAGCGCGACUGUUCUCCGCUCUAUGUGAGGAGAUGGGCGCUGAUCAUACAGCUGUGCUAUUUCACAGCGAAGCAAGGUGGCUCUCCCGAGGAAAAGUGUUGUCGCGCGUCUUUGAGCUCAGAACGGAGAUUCGGGUGUUUUUGGAAGAAGAGCGCAUGUAUGAAGCAGCGGGCAAAUUUGGUGAUCAACCAUUUCUAAUGAAACUGGCUUAUCUCAGCGAUGUAUUUGCAAAGCUGAAUGAAUUAAAUCUUCAGCUUCAAGGCAGAGACAAGCACCUACCUCACCUUGCAGACAAGAUAACUGCAUUCAUCCGAAAGCUCGAAGUGUGGGGCAGGCGCCUCGACCAAGGAAAUACUGAUGUCUUUGAGAAUCUGACUGAAGUUGCUGAAACCGUUGAUUCUGGAGCCACCACAGUGAUUCCAUGCAUACAACAGCACAUCAGUGCAUUGAGAGGAUUGUUUCAAAAAUACUUUCCAAAUAGUGCUGCUCAGUAUGACUGGAUUGUGGACCCGUUUAAUGCAGCAGCACCAGCUGAGUUUAGCUCUGCCACAGAGGAACAACUGAUUGAGCUGACCUCUGACUCCACCCUGAGACUAAGAUUUACAUCUGAGCCUCUCAGUCACUUCUGGCUUGAAGUGGAAAGGGAGUAUCCACUCGUUGGGCAGAGAGCUGUGGACAUUCUUCUUCCCUUUGCCACAUCCUAUCUCUGUGAGAUUGGCUUUUCAGCUGUUACUUCACUGAAAACAAAGUACAGGUCUCAGCUUAAUGUUGCACAUGACUUGAGAGUGGCAGUAUCAAGCAUGAAACCCCGUUUUGAAAAGAUGUGUAGUGCAAAACAGGCUCACUGCAGUCACUGAUGCUGUGAUAAGGCAUAGUCAUUCGUCAUUUUUUGUCACUUUGUUCUGCCUUUGCUCUUUUUUUGCACAGAUUGAAAAUGAAGAAACUAAACCAUAAUUUAGUCAUUGGUCAUAUUCAUUUGUUGUUUUUUGUCAUUUUGUUCUGCCUUUGCUCUGCACAUAUUGAAAUUGGAUAAAUUAACCAAAACUUAGUAGGCCAAUUUUCUGUAUUUUUUUUUUAUUUUGAACAUUGAUGUUAAUAUUUUAGAGUGUUAUAAUGUUAACCUUCUGCUUAAGAGACAAAUUGAUGUUACUUAAUAAAUUAAUUGUAAAAUUUAAAACUUGCAUUAGUAUUUUAUUACCAUUUUGUUGGAGCGAUAUGGGACAGGUGGGGCGCAGAAUUUCCCCUUCUUCUGAGGUGGGGAAUGAUAGAAAAAGUUUGAGAACCACUGUU